CGUGUCCCUGGCGGCGAGCGAGGCUGCUUCCGCCGGGCCGGAAGUGCGGGCUGGGCUGGGCAGGGGACAGGCGGCGAUGGAGCAGGCCGAGGCGCACAACGGCAGCUUGGCCGGGGAGGCUCCCGCGGCGGGGCCGGCCAGGCCCCCCGCCACCCCGGAGGGCAUGGCCUUGGCCUACGGCAGCCUGGUGCUCAUGGCCCUCCUGCCCAUCUUCUUCGGGGCGCUGCGCUCCGUCUCCUGCGCCAAGGGGAAGAAUUCCUCAGACAUGCCAGAGACCAUCACCAGCCGAGAUGCGGCCCGCUUUCCUAUUGUUGCCAGCUGCACCCUCCUGGGCCUCUAUCUCUUCUUCAAGAUAUUCUCUCAAGAAUACAUCAACCUACUGCUGUCCAUGUACUUCUUCGUCCUUGGAAUCUUGGCUCUUUCUCACACCAUCAGCCCCAUGAUGAACAGGUUCUUCCCAGCCAACUUCCCCAACAAACAGUACCAGCUUCUCUUCACUCAGGGCGCCGGGGAGGCCAGGGACGAGAUCGUGAAUUACGAAUUCGACACCAAGGACCUGGUUUGCCUGGCCAUGAGCAGUGUCGUCGGCGUCUGGUACCUGCUGAGGAAGCACUGGAUCGCCAACAACCUCUUUGGGCUAGCCUUCUCUCUCAACGGCGUGGAGCUGCUCCACCUGAACAAUGUCAGCACCGGCUGCAUUCUGCUCGGCGGCCUCUUCGUCUACGACGUCUUUUGGGUCUUCGGCACAAACGUGAUGGUGACUGUUGCCAAGUCAUUCGAGGCGCCCAUAAAACUGGUUUUCCCCCAAGAUCUGCUGGAGAAAGGCCUGGAGGCCGACAACUUUGCCAUGCUGGGCCUGGGAGAUAUCGUCAUUCCAGGUGAGAGAGAUACACACCUGCGCGAAUCCUAAUCUGGCACGCAAAGCCUGCCCCUGCCCAGAGUGUCUGUGGGGAGGCGCAAUAUGCAUGUCUGCCACAAGAGGGAACCAUAACCCAACAGAUCUAGGAACAGAAGAAUUAAGUUCUCCCUCUAUGCUUAGUCUGUCUGUCUGUCUGUCUGUCUGUCUAUCUAUUUUUUUAUUUAUACCCUGCCUUCACCCCCCACCCCCCAUGGGGACCCCACGUGGUUUACGUCAUUCUUUCCUCCAUUUUGUCUUCACGACAACCCUGCCAAGUUAGCUACAGUUUGGUAGCGCUGUAGGUCUGCUGUAGAAGAGCUAGAUUUGAGUGCAGUAGCGCCUUAGAGACCAGCAUGAUUUUCUAGGGUACCAGCCUGUGAGUUCACCCUCAAAAGCUCACAUCCUAGGAACCUUGUUGGUCUUCCAGAUGUCACUAGACUCCGAUAGAGCCUCCAGAAGUAAGUCAU